AUAUGGUGUGGAAAACAUAUCAAGAUGACACUUAUAUCAUCUGAGGAUCCUCAAGAUGAAGAACAUGACAAUGUCUUUUUUCAGGUCCUCCAGUUUCCUAGCAAUAAUCUCCGAUCACAUGGAAGAAGGCACAACUAGUAGUUAUGAGGCACUCUCCCGAAACUGGUUCCGAUGACAUGAAAAAACGAUGGAUUCUGGUUUACUGAAAGUGAAAGAACAAGACACAACUAGUAGUUAUGAAGCCCUCUCCCGAAACCACAACUGAGGAAUUGGGGAGAGAGUUGUGCGACCAAACUUCACCAAGCAUAACCACUUGUUGAAUAAGAGACACCUGUAAACAAGUGAAAGGCAUCCCGCGCUACAUCAUAUUGCACGUUGCCGGAGCUCUUUGCAACGACAAUUGAACAUUGGGGAAAGAGGAAAAGAAUAGAAAUCUAUUUUCCUUCAUUGCUAUGGAAACCCUAGGGUCUUCUGCGACGAUCAUGUCUUCAUCUUCGACUCUGUUGAUUUUCUCUCCAAAAAAGAAAUUCUUAACCAAACCUCUUUAGUUCCCCAUCACCUCCAAAAAUAAGGACGGCUGUGCUGAACAAUUGAGUUCAAAUGAAAUGUACAUCAUUCCCCUCUUGAACAAUUGCAUACCCCUUUCCCCCCUUUCUAAGUUGGUUGUGGAUUUAUUGAGCUUCUCUACUUCUAGCUUUUCAGCAUUGACAAAAUUACCUGUUCCUCAGGAGAAGGUGAUAAUACUUAUGGUUGAGAAAUUUGUUUCAGAACAAUUAAGCCUGAUGAAGGCUUCAAUUUCAGAAUUCAAGAGAAUUCCUUCAAUUGCUUCAGAAGUACUGAAGGUGACACAGGUUGUCAUUGAUGCUGUGGUAAGACUAUGCAGAGCAUAUUCUGAAGUCCUAAAUUGGGACUCUUGCAAUGUAAGAACGGAGCAAGACAAUGGUUCUACUGAUAGGGAAAACAAUGAUACUGUGAAUCAUGUUAUUAACAUAAUAGGACUUACAAUAGAAAGUUUGUAUAAAUUGGGUAUCCUUGCUGCCAAUGGUGGUGGGAGUAUGGUGACAAUUCUUAAUGUGUCAUGGAAAGGUGUGGUCACUUUAUUACAGCUUGGUAAGGGAGUUUUAGCUUCAAAGGUAAAUGUAGCAGAUGUGAUGUUAUCCUUGAUUUCACUAGCUACUGAAUCUCUGAGGUGUGCAGCUGAGGCAUGGUUUGCAACUCUUGAUGAAACCAUUGCUAUAACCGAAGCUAGGAGGACAUUUCUUCCAGUGAAAUUUUACCUCAUAAAUGCUGUUCGUAUUUCCUCCCAAUAUCCAUUCCAAGCAUUAAAUGUAUACAGGGAGAUAAGUCGAUGCAUCUUGAUUAUCACAUCCUUUGGUAUUUCACUUAGCAGAGAAAAUCAUCUGAAAGCUGCAAGCAAAGCUUUAGGAGAACUUUUGGAACCGACUUCCUCUCUUCUACUUCACACCUUGCUAUGUUCAGCUGAAGUGGAACCAGAGUCUAAGUUCAAAAUUCUGGACUGGUUAUUUAUGGGUGAAAGUGAUUCAAGUAACAUGGUCUCUGAGGAGACUAUUACUAACACAAGAACUUCAAUUGUUGAAAUGUUAAGCAUGGACAUUGAAGAUAUUCCAAAAGCAAGAAACUUGAUGCUUGGCCGGGUGGCUUUGUUUCUUAAUCUUCUCAAAAGUUCUGUAGAUUUUGAAGAAGAUCUGRAACUUCUUAUGUCAAGAAAGCUGGAUUGGCUAUUAGGAUCUUUAAUGGAAGAAAAUGUCUAUUCCUCUGUUCUUGUUUUACAUAUUCCUAUGGUAUAUGGUUCUGAAUCAACGGUGGAGUUAUCUUCCAUAUUGCAUGCACUGAAAACCUUCAUGAUAGUGACUUCUUCAGGUCCAACUUGGGGGGUUGUGGAAACUUUCCUUCUUGAGAACUUACUCCAUUCUCACUUUCUUUGCCGGGAGAUCAUCAUGGAACUUUGGUGUUUUGUUGUCCGUCACGCUGAGAUAGAUAUGGUGAAUGACAUCUUUAAUAAACUUUAUUUGUUAUUUAAGCUUGUAGCUUCUUCAGAACCAUCACUUAUGCCUAAUAGUGCUCUGAGGAAGAUGGCAGGAUCUAUCUGCAUGCUUGUCAGUUAUGCAACAAAAUUUAUGAUAGAUAAGAUUUACAAUACCUUUGCAAGUGAGGAUGGAUCUCAGUUGUCAUCUAUCAUGUGCAUAGCUUUGCUCAUGGAAGGAUUCCCGCUAGAUUUCUUGUCAGAGAACCUGAAAAAGAUUGCAAUAAAAAGAAUAACUACUGCAUAUGUUGAUUUCAUCGAAAGGAACAUUGAAAAUAUUCAGUUCGAUAGUUUGUCAAGAUCGUGCAUUUCCAAUGUAUUAGGGGCACCAAUCUAUGCAUUGUCUUCUGCUUCACAUUGUCUGCAGAUCAAUAGUUCUGAUAUUGACUUCAAGACACUGAAGUUCACAGUUGCUCUUGUUCGGGGUUACGCAAAUGCUACAAACAAUUUCAUGAAGGACUGUUGUUCUAAGCUUUUGAGCCAGAUGUUAAGGGUUAUCUCACAGAUGAAGCAUCUAUACUCAUCAGAUGGGAUGGAAGAAGUCGUCUUGGAGCUUAAAAACUUGUUUGUCUCAGAAAUUACAGCCCUAGAUACCAGGUUGUAUCAAUGCAAACCAGAACUGGCUUCUUUUAUGGCAAGCAUGGGUCAUAUGGAACUAGCAGAAGGUGAGGGAAGUGCAAAGUGCUCUGAUGUAUGGGAAUUGUAUCACCUGUUGUUGAGAGAACAACAUUGGGCAUUGGUUCAUUUGACAAUCACGGCAUUUGGAUAUUUUGCAGCACGUACUUCUUGUAACCAACUAUGGAGAUUUGUACCCCAAGAUGCAGCUCUUUCAUUCAACAUAGAGACAGGAAGUGAGGCAAAUGAGGAGACAUUUAUGUCUGAGUUGAAGGCUUUCCUUGAAAAGGAAGUGGCUCUGCUUGUGGCUACACCAUCCAUAGAGCAACUUGGGCUACUUGCAAAGGAAGGUCUGAUGCUGAAGGAAACUGUUAACAGGAUCUCAAGUGUCAAUCCAUUGGAUUUGGGAUCUGAAAUAAUGAAGGUUGAUGAGGAAAUUCAAGCAACGAAGAAAAGAAAAAUUCCUGAUAGAAUCAGUGAAGGAAUGACAUUGCUCCAGAAUGGUUUGAAGGCUAUGGGAGAUGGUCUUGCUUUGUGGCGGAAACAGCACUCUGAUUCCAGAGAAUUGCAGGACAAAUUCUCAACUCACCUUUCUUGCCUCGAAGAUGCUCUUGCUCAAUUAGCGGAUCUAGCAGAUACUGAGUAAUAAGCAGUUUUUGGCCCUCUACUGGAGGUUGUUUGUCUGUUUGACAAUCAGAAAGUUGGAUUUAUUUGUGACUACCAGCCAAACUUGAAACUGUAUCUUAGUAUUAAACAGGUCCAGAUUGUCUUUGGGAGCAUGAAGGGCCAAGAUGCCAAGAAGAAUCAUGCCAUGGUUGUCCAAAUUGCAGCUUUCUUGUGUCAGAUUAUAAUUGCAAUUUUGCCUUAAGCAUAUCACUUUCUCCAAUCAUCAUUAGUCAGCUCAGUGUGAAAAUUGUCAUAACCCUUGGCCGGAUGAGGCGAACCAAGGUGAGUUAUGGAGUUUUGGUUUUUUUUUUUUCUUGUAAAUCCAAAAGAUCUAAUAAUGUAAGUUUCAUCUAUGUUUUCUGGAAGAGUUUCUGAUCAUCAAAACUGGUAACUGCAGCCUAAAAUCAAUUGGAUGGACGAGGAUUUGGACAAUUGGCACAGUUAAUUUAAUUUCUGAAGAAGGAACACGGUAACUAAUUUAUUGCUUCAGGAAAUACUCAAUCUUCAUUAGGCUAUAGCUAGCUCUAAGCGUAAGUUGAUGUUAAUCUUUCAUAUUGACAGUUGGGAAAUGUAGGCGCGGAUCAUUAUUUUGUUAUAAUGACAUUGCUAGUAGAAUUUAUUCGAUAUAAAAAUAGAACCUUAUAUAUUAUAUGUUUUAUGAAAAUAUUAGCGUAAUGAGUAUUGGGUAGGCUUUCAUUUCGUUGCAAAAUUAUAUUUGCUUCUCUUGCUUAUAAUGAAUGUCUCAAUUUUCUUAUAAUAUAUAUUACAUAUUAGUCUACAGGGGAACAGGGGCUAGGGGAUAGAGUAAGGUGCAGGAAGGUCCACUGACCAAGGAGAACCUGCAAUUACGCAGGAUUGAUCCCAUGCGCCCAUAUUCGGAGGACGCUAAUGUGGGGAAAUAUUUAGUUGUGCCAUGGUAAUGAUGUUUGGUUUGCAUUUUAGCUACUUACAUUUAUUGUUACUACUUACCAUUAACUGUUCACAUGCAUUAAUAAUAAUAAUAAUAAUUUCAUUAUACUUAUUAGAACCCAUGUA